AUGCGUUUCUCCAGCAUCAUCGCUCCAGUCAGCUUGGCCGCUCUGGCUUCUGCCGCCCCAGCACUCAAUGCCCGUGGUGACGACUCGUGCAUUCCUUAUAACAUCGCCAUCGCCAUCGAAACCCAGUGGAUUUCUACCCUGACCAACUUCGACACUGCCACCGCAACCAACCUACUCGCCCCUGAGCUUGUUGACACCUCAGACUCGAUCAACUACAUUGCUGGCAUUCCUUUGGGCGGUCCUACCUUCCCCAGCGCCCAGGCAUAUAUUGCAGGCCAAGGCGCUCAACCACCCAUCGGCUUCACCGUUCUGGGCACAGACGUCGUCACCUGCGAUGGUUAUAUCGUCCUCCGAUGGGUCGGUGCUGUUGGCAAACAGAUCUAUCCUUCGCAGGGUAUCACGAUUUUGAAGGCCGUGCAGAAGGGUCCUGAUGCCACCGUCGGACCCACUGGCUGGCAACUCGCCGAGAUUCACACCGAAUUCAACUCCGCCGCGUGGAUUGUUGACAUUGGUGGCACUUGCCCUCCUCCCUCCGGCAAUGCGCGCCUGUUGAGAAACUAA